CCUGAGAACACCCAACUGCUCUCCACUUCUCAGCCCCACUCCAGUCCAGACAUCCACCAUGACCGGCUCUUGCUGUGGAUCCUUCUCCCAGAGCUGUGGAGGCUGCUGCCAGCCCUGCUGCUGCAGAGACCCCUGCUGCUGCCGCCCAGUGUCCUGCCAGACCACAGUGUGCCGCCCUGUGACCUGUGUGCCCCACUGCACCAGGCCCAUCUGUGAGCCCUGCCGCCGCCCCAUCUGCUGUGACCCCUGCAGCCUGCAGCAGGGCUGCUGUCGCCCCAUCACCUGCUGCCCCACCUCUUGCACAGCUGUGGUCUGCAGACCCUGCUGCUGGGCUUCCACCUGCUGCCAGCCCAUCUCUGUGCAGGCUCCCUGCUGCAGACCCCCCUGCUGCCAGCCUGCCCCCUGCCGCACCACCUGCAGGACCUCCCCCUGCAACACCUGCUGCUGAGUCAUCUAAUAUACAACUUUGCCUUAUGAAAAGAACUCUUCCUACUCCUGCUGGAGCAGAUGAAAGUGUGACCUUUGUAACCCACCUGUUCUUCCUCAACUCACUCAGCUGUAAAGGCUUAUCAAAUUUCCCACAUAUAUGCAGCUGGUCAUCUGCAUAACUCUAGACAUAUCCUAGCUCUCAUCAGCUGAGUUCUUGGCUUCAAAAACGUGUAAACAAAGAUAAAGUUCUUUAAUGAAGCAUGGCCCCAUUGCAUCACUGUAAUUUUCUAUUUCAGGGUUUCAGAUGGGAUAUAUUUUCAGCAUGAUAUUUUCAGGCUGUUGUUUUGCAUGAUAAAAAAAUAAAAUUUUAUUUCU